CUCGGGCGCGCCCGGCGGAGCCGGGUCCCGGGUGCCUGCGCGAUGGCAGCCUCGGUCUUCUGCUGCCUGCGAUGCUGCCGAGACGGCGGGACGGGCCACAUACCCCUGAAGGAGAUGCCGGCCGUGCAGCUGGACACGCAGCACAUGGGAACAGAUGUUGUCAUUGUGAAAAAUGGAAGAAGAAUAUGUGGAACUGGAGGUUGUUUAGCCAGUGCACCUUUACAUCAAAACAAAAGUUACUUUGAGUUCAAAAUUCAGUCUACAGGCAUCUGGGGUAUUGGUGUUGCAACUCAGAAAGUGAACUUGAAUCAGAUUCCUCUGGGUCGCGAUGUGCACAGCCUGGUGAUGAGAAAUGAUGGGGCCCUGUACCACAACAAUGAGGAGAAGAAUCGGCUGCCCGCCAAUAGCCUUCCUCAGGAGGGAGAUGUAGUGGGUAUUACGUAUGACCAUGUAGAAUUAAAUGUAUAUUUGAAUGGAAAAAACAUGCAUUGUCCAGCAUCAGGUAUACGAGGAACAGUGUAUCCAGUUGUUUAUGUUGAUGACAGUGCUAUUUUGGAUUGCCAGUUCAGUGAAUUUUAUCAUACUCCUCCGCCCGGUUUUGAAAAAAUAUUAUUUGAGCAGCAGAUCUUCUGAAUGUAUCUCUUUUUGAAACUUGUAUUUCUGCACUGUUUAAAGUGUUUGCCAUUUAAUAAAGCUUUAUGUGACCUAUAGAUAAAAAUAUAUUCUUAAAAAUAUGCUUGUAAUGUCACUUAAGGAACGAGGUGUAUUCACUCUGUUUAUACCACCUGGAAGGUGUGAUUUAAAAUGCUUACAUUUUGUGAUACGAAAUCAGCAUUUUGGGUGGUCUGUUUAAUUCUUAUUUAAGUGUAAUAUGGCUUUGAUUAAAAGUAUUAAGUGGAAAUAUUGUAUAUAGGUAUUUAAAAGAAAAUCUUUGAUAUAUAAGAUAGUUGUUUUGAUAGAGAAGCAGAGUUGGCUGGGCUUUCUGUCAUUUUCAAAUUUAGACCUCAGUAACUAUUUUUAGUUUACACUUCUGUAAUGUUGUGUCUUGAUGUCCUUGUUUUAUGUACAGUUUAACAAAGUGUCAGAAAUUAUAUGUGGGGAACUUCAUAUUUGAUAAUUUAUUUACUGUAAAAUUUGCUACUUUUGUUAAUAUUCAAGUUGUAUGUCAUUGCUUUUGAUUUGCUUUGUAAAAGGAGGUAUAUGUCUCAGUGCUUGUCAGCGUUUUGUCAAAGACCAUUAUGCUGUGUCACUUCAACACCCAAAUAAGUAUUGGUUGGUUAGUGACGUCGCACACACUGGCAGAUAGAAAAGUAUGUAUGAUGUCUUCAACUUUAAUGUAAACGAGAUUAUUCUUUUAAGGACUUGAUUUGCAAUUCUGGUUUUUUGGUAAGAAUAAAUAAAAUAAUAGUAAAUAAGAAAUAUUCAGUACU